GAGAGAGAGACAGAGAGAGAAUAGAAAGAACGUACAUGGUAAUAAAAGAAAAAUUACGGAGCUGCACGUCUCGCAAAUUCACAUGAUCGAUUUUCACGAAUAUUAUCCGAGCAUGGAUCUUUCCGAACUAUGUGCACGCCUGUGAAUCUCCUCCGUAAUGUUUUAUCUACUCGAUAUUUCAUCGUGCCGGUUGCCGCGUUUUUAUUCGAUGCUGCGCGUUGCAUAGGAAGCAACGGUGGAACGAUGGCUGAAUUUCUCAGCCUAUACAUUGGAAUUCUACAAAAUAACUUGUGAAACACAUGGCUGGUGAGAAAUCUCCAGAUUACCGUACAUUCUGUGCGGAAGAUAACGACGAGAUCGAGGGCCUUAAUGAAAAGCUGAUACAACUGUUAUCCGCACAAAAGCUCUUGUCUCCGAUUCCCAAUAGCCUGCUGUGCGACGAUAAACUUGAAAACAACAGUAGUUCUAACGUAGAGUCUAAGGCAUCUAGUUCUCCGUUCAGCUACUGUAGACAUGAUUGUUCUCUUCUACAUCAUGAUAGCCCAGCUAAAGUACCGAGUAUACAGAAUCAUCUUCCACCCAUUGGUGUAUUCUGGGAUAUUGAGAAUUGUCAGGUUCCUAAAGGUAGAUCCGCCAUAGCAGUUACACAAUUAAUUAGAGAUAAAUUUUUUAGUGGUUAUAGAGAGGCCGAAUUUAUUGUAGUUUGCGAUGUUCAAAAGGAGAAUAGUCAAAUCGUACAGGAACUGAACGAUGCUCAGGUUAAUCUAAUACAUGUAGCUGCUACAUGUAAGAAUGCUGCAGAUGAGAAGCUUAAGCAGUCCAUUAGAAGGUUUGGUGACAUUCAUGGCAGCCCGGCGGCCAUAAUUCUAAUAUCUGGCGAUGUGAAUUUCGCCGCUGAUCUCAGUGAUCUACGUCAUAGGAAGAAGAUUUAUGUGAUACUAUUACAUAAAAAGAAUACCUCAGAAGCAUUAAUAUUAUGCGCCAAUGAACAUUAUGACUUUAUGGAGCUCACGGAGCCGCUGCCGUCCAGACCUCCACCAAAGGGUAAUGAAUUCUAUGACCUUUUAGUUAGUAAUCUUCCCGACGAAACGGAUGUUAAUGUCAUUAAGCGUCGUCUUAAGCAAUUAUCUGAAAAUUGUGGUGGUCGUGUGAUAGAUGUCCAGUCAAAUACUGCCAUUGUACGCUUUACGUCGCACAGUUCUGCAGACAGGGCUCAGAAGCGUAUGGAAGGAGAAUAUGUUCUUGGAUCGAAAAUAUUUGUAAAAUAUCUCGGGAAGGAAAAAGGAAUAAUCGCCAAAAGUAUAGGAAGUAUUAUAACUCGAAGUAGGGCAGUUAGUGAGUCGGAAAUUGUUACUGGUCCUAAGCAGAGUAGUUCUAAGCAAAUGUAUGCUGCGAGUGCAUCUGUACUGGGGACAAGAACCCUCCAAUUUCCGCAUUAUCAGUCCUCAUCGUCUGUAGUGGGCCCCUAUCCUGCUUUCAAUGCAGGGCACUGCGCGCCUGUCAAUGGUCCACCAUCGGGAAUGAUGCAGCAACCUCCGAUAUUUUUUGGAAGAUCAUAUCCGAAUAGCGGCGAUGUAGCUUUUAAUAGGACAUACAAUGAUCUUACUAGAGUGCAGUCGCCAUUAAUUUGGCCAAUCGUAGGACCUCAAUAUGGUCAUAUGUGGGAAGAAUAUAAAGUUAGUUUCGUGAUAUUUAUGCAAUCGGACGGUAAUUUCGCCGCCAGUGUCAAAGUACCUUCGUUAUCGGACGCACAAUACGCAAUCUCGCAGUUACACCGUCGUAAGAUAGGCUACAAGCGCAUUUUGAUAUCUUAUGCUCAUAUUGGUGGACCAAAUCCGCAACUUAUCCGAGCGCAAAUUGUAAUGCUCCUACAAGAAGUCCCGGGACACAAAUUGCCGUUGUUCAAAUUCCGCGAGAUGUACGAGAGCCGAUUUAUGAUCUCUAUAAGCGUGUCCGAACUCUACAAGAUGAGAGAUGUAUGCAUAAUCACCGAAGAUCCAAGCGGCAGAAUGGUCUCACUCAAUCCGGAUCAUAGAAACACGCCGUCGCCGUGCUUUAGUAAUACGAUACAGGAUGGACAAGUUAAAUUGCCAUAUUGCAUAAUGCAUACUUCGAAACCAUUGUCAGACAAAGGCUGGGCGGAACAAGAAAUGGCGUCCUUACCUAACGUAAAGAUCUCCAUAAAACUUCUUGAAUCUCGCAUGCAACAAUUAUUAAUGUCGCACAAUGGCAUUCUACCUUUGCCAAGCCUACCAAAUUGUUAUGAGGCUGAAUUCAAAGAACAGUUAGAAAUCGUAGAGAAUGGUGUACCUUUGGAGCAUUUAGUGUCUUGCUUAUCAUGCGUCGAAUUGAGACAAGAUAUCGGCAGUGUGAAGUUCAUCGUGUGGAUAGGAAAAAAGGAUCAUGAAAUUAAUUACGAUGAAAAUAAAUGCGUGAGUCCACCGCUCGCAAAUCAACUAGCUCUUUUUAGCCGCGAAUUAGUCGAUCUUCUGAAAACCGCGCCACACUGCCAAUUAUCCUUUAAUCGCUUCAUACCGGCGUAUCAUCAUCACUUCGGACGACAGUGCAGAGUCGCCGAUUACGGUUUCACUAAGCUAAUAGAUCUGUUGGAGGCACUUACGCACACUGUCCAAGUAAUGGGAGAAGGCAACAAGCGCGUGGUCACGCUAUCGCAUCGCGCUCAAGUGCGCAGAUUUACCUCGGAUCUAUUGCGAGUAUUGAAGUCAAAAGCGAGCAAACAAGUGGCGCUUUCGGAAUUUCCAAGUGUUUAUACUCGAGUGAUAGCAAAACCGUGGGACAUCGUAGAUUACGGUGUAUGCGAUAUCGAAGAUAUUCUUGGUGAAGUGUCCGAAAACACGGUUGUUGUAACUCCUAUGGAGGGCGGUGACAAGAUGAUAGCCAUCCCCAAGCGCGAACAGACCGCCGAGGAAAUCGAACGAACGAAACUGUUCGCUAAAGAAGUAAUCGAGUUAUUGCAACACGCGCCACAAUGCAGGAUGCUGUUCAAUAAGUUUGUACCUUCCUAUCAUCAUCACUUCGGUCAUCAAUGCCGCGUAUCGGAUUACGGAUUCACUAAGUUGAUCGAAUUGUUCGAGGCGAUCCCGGACGUAGUCAAAAUCGAGGAAGUGAACGGAGGCGAGAGACAAAUAUCUUUAACCGAAAAAGAGGGCCUUAAGGUUCUCUCUGAACAAAUAUCGAAAUUGGUGAUGCGCGCUAGGAGCGGCCUCAGUAUUUCAAAUAUCGGGCAAACAUUUUUACAUCAAUUCGGCUAUGCGCUACGUCCCGAGUUAUUCGGUUGCAGUUCAAUGUUGCAGCUCAUGCGAAAGCUUGGAGAUACCAUACAGAUCAUAGACUUGGCUACAGGACCUGCUAUCAUCACAAUAGACAAAUCGCAUUUACAACAAACGACCCUCCAAUGCCGGCGUGUGUUAAUGGAUCAACCUCAACAAAAAAUGCCUCUUAGAGAAUUUGUACAACAAUACUCCCAGUACUACAUGAAGCCAUACAAUGUAGACGAGUUUAAAAAAGAUCUGGCAAAUGUUGUUCGAUUCACAGUGAUAAAUGGCGAACAAUUCAUCGAGCUGACGCCGUUGCAUCGCUUCGCUUGUAAUCUUUAUCGCGUUAUGAUCAAUUGUGGUGGUACAUUAAACUUAUCGCAGUUUGAUGUGUCAUACUCGAAUAUUAUAGGCACAUCUUGUAAACCUGCACAAUAUGGUUUUCCAACAAUAACUGCACUUUUACAAGCAUUGCCUUGCACCGUAACGAUAAAAGAAACACGGAAGAAGGAAGCGAUUAUCUAUUUGAACAAAAAGUUGUCUGCGUCCGCUGGUAUACUUUUGCUACCAGUGUACAAGCCGAUGUCAUCUUAUCACGAUACGGAUUCCAGUAAUGAUUCAUUCGAGAGCGAUUCUUCAUGCCGCGUGAAUGCCUCCAACACUCUGGGCAUAAUGGACGAUCAUGAAAAAUGGAUCGAUCAAUUAACGAACAUCAAUUCUUGGAAAAUAAAGAACGAUAAAGGUUUAUGGCUGGAGGUUCGUGACAAGCACUGGAAAAAUCUGUCGAAUUCAGAGGAACGAUCGGUUAACUGGCCGGUUCCGGAAAGCGGCAGUGAAACCUUCUUGAACAGCCUGAUACGUACGCCGAUAAUGCGUAAUUUCCCUCCGCCACCACCCAAACCCGACUCUCCGCCGGAGGAUAAGGAAGAACACUGGAAGUCAUCGGUAUGGAUGUCCCCGACGAAAUUCGCGUAUCCACAAGAUGAACAUCCUACAAAUGUACAGGUUCCUCCAUUGACCUUACCAAGUUGGAAUCAGAUCUUGUCCGGCGACGGUACGUCAAACUUGCUGUCGCCAACUAAAAAUCUAUUGCCUGCUGCUGCUAAUCCCUUGUACCCGCCUACCUCUCCUUAUUACCCUAAGUCCGUCGUUGCGCCACAUCCAUCGGAAUUGCCGCUUCCUUCUCUAUCACUAACACCUAAGAAAAAGAUACUGACCGAUAAUCAGAAGAAGACCGCCAGCAAUACGAGAAUGCAUCUAAAUCUAGCAAGUUCCGAAAGCGAGGAUAAUGUUAUCGAUGAUGAUGAAAACAGCGACAGCCAUAGCACUUCUAGUAAACUCUUUAAAGGCAAGAGACGUCUGGCGGCCCAGUUCAAUCAACCGAUCGAGCCUUAGGCAGAAAAUACAUUUCGAGAACGAAAGAUAGAAGUGACAAGCUCAGGAUCAAAACCAAAUUGUGUUUGAGAUUUAUUUAUGAAGACAACCAGAAACUACAGACUUUAAAAGACUUUAGUGAGUCGCCACCUAAAAUGAGUUAAAUUACCUAUACACUCUGUUUCCAUGGAUGGUAGGUACCAUAUUUUAUUUAUAUUCGAAAUUUACAACAGAUCUGUGUAUAGAUUAGAUGUAUAUGCAAACCGAUAGAGAUAUGAGAGCGAUUAUAGCACGAAUUAUUUUCAAAAUGUAUGAAAACAUACAUCGAGUAGAUAUGUGAUUGCUGUAAUCGAGAUGUAAGCGACGUUUAUAUCGAAUGACACGUGCUAAUAAUUAGGAAACAUGUAGCAUUUCUUCGUACUGUGAUAUAGGAUAUAAAAGAAGCGAGAUGAUAGUAAUAUUAACACACCAAGAAGGGAGCUUGGGAUGGCAAUAAUUAAUCUUUCGGUAAAUCACACAGAAGAAGCGUGGCCCGGUAUAUUUGCGAAUUUUGUAAUUAUAUUUAAGAUCUCUUUUUUAUAUCGUGUAUUACCGUCUUUUUUAUUAACAAUCUAUCAUUUGAUAUCAUUUUAAACUUAUUUAUAUUCAUAUCGGAUUUACACAAUCAAUUUUUAUUUGUUGAUUGUUUCGACUAGUUAAUGAUACAUAUCAUGGGAUAAUAUAAUUUUUAUAUCUGCUCCUUUUUUUUUAUUUUAUAUACUCGUCAACACAAACGGCGCUAGGAGAAUAUUAGACUAGAUUCCACAGUCGUCGAGUAUAUACGUUAUUUUCUUUUGUAAAUAAAUUCUUGUGUUGAGAACGCUUCUUUACGAUUUGCCUACGUUCACAUUGCUGGAGACAAUGUGAUUUGCAUUCAUAUAACAUACUAUAUGUUCGAGAAGGAUGUUACGUAUAAUUGUUGCCAAUUAUGAGAUAAACGAAAUUCUCUUGUCUACCAUGCACCCUCGGUUUACUCAUCUUGUAAAAAAAGUCGUCUUUACAAAUUUCUCUCCAUUCACAUCGAUACAUUUUUUACUGCUCAAUAUAUAAUUUUACGAAUGUGUCGUGUGAAUGAGUGUGUGUCAUGGAUACAGUGGAUCGAUGUGUGAAAUUGGAGUAUGAUACGUUACGUUACAAAUUGUCACGGAUACGUAAGAAAGGAGAAAAUAAUUUUAGCGAUGAGAAAAAAAAAAAAAGAAAAACUUACGAUGUCUAGAGAUUAGCGCUGUUAUACGGCAGGAUCGAAAGUAUAUAAUGUAAUGGCGCGAGAUGAGAGAUAAGAUUUUUUUUUUUCUUUUUUAACAAAGAUCAUUGAGACAAAUUCGUCCGGUAAUUAACUAAACACAGCGACAAGUAUUACGUAAUUUUAUUCAAAAGGAGACGAAACAAAAGUUUACACCGUGUAUCUCUGUAGCAGCCAUUGCGCGAUAUCUUUCCCCUUUUUCUUUUCGUUUUUUUUUUUUCCUCGUUUGAAAAGAGAUGAUGAGAAUACGUCCCGCGACUCCGAUAUAAAAGCCUUUUUAUAAUGUUCUGUUAAUAUAUAUAUUAAGCAUAUAAUAUAAGAAUGUAUGAUGAAAGCGCAAGUAUUUUCGAAUUGUACAGGAGAGAUUGAGUGCGCGAUGAUCUCACUUUUAAUCGUGUAUAUUCAUGCUCAUUGUAAAUAUGACAUGAACGUGUAAUAAUUUGCGGCAUAGAAAAAUCGAUUAGAUUAUACUUGUAGGAUUACGGCUACAAUGAAGAUUCCAAGUUUUAUGCGAUAUUGAUUUGCCAAUUUCUCGUCAUGCGUUAUUUUAAAAAAAUUGAAGAACGAGAGGGAAAGAGGAAGAAUACGUAAUUGCUCGCGCUAUCUCCGUUCAAAUCGUUCGAAAAUUCGCAGUUUAAAUGACAGUCAGG